AAAUAUGAACCAUAGUUUUCUGCGAAUUUAAAAUAAGAAAAACAUACUAUCAAUAUUUUUUAAAUGUGUGUUUAUUGACCUAAAAUAUCAUAAUGUAUUUAAAAUUGCAUUAGUAUUGAUGUUAAAUACUUUUUUGAUCAUCUAGUUUAGAGUUUUGCUCACAGGCAUGCUUUUUCCGAGCACUUCCGGAAGUACGUGAAUGCAGCAUGAAUCCCAUACGGUGCGUUGAGGAUCCGUGGGGGAUGUCAGUCCAACCUCCAGCAUGAUUGUUCAGAGUUGUUUAGAGACUGAAAUGGAGCAGACCAACAGUGCGAAGCCCUCGUAGAGUGUGACAGAAGAGAAAACAACAUUGAAUUUAUCUUUUUUAGACGUUUUGUUUUUAGAAAUGCCCCUUUUUAAUCGUUAAUGCAGUACUUGAAGAAGAAAUGGAGCCGAUAACGAAGUGGACACCGAAGCAAGUUGUUGACUGGAUGAGAGGUUUGGAUGACAACCUGCAGCAGUAUGUGGGUAACUUCAAGAGGGAGAAGAUCAGUGGGGAACAGCUGCUGAAGAUAUCGCAUCAAGACCUGGAGGAGCUUGGUGUAGCGAGGAUUGGACACCAAGAGCUUGUCCUGGAAGCAGUUGAUCUGCUCUGUGCUUUGAACUAUGGGUUGGAAACUGACAACUUGAGGAGUCUGGUUGCAAGGAUGAGGGCUGCAACCAACAGUUUGUACACGGCUACAGCGGAUCGCCGGAAAAACCCAGAGUAUGACGGAACCAUUUCUCGAAAGCCGCCCAAUGACUUCCUUACCAUGGUGGUGGAGCUGAUCGGCGUUGCCAAGAGCCUCCUGGCGUGGCUCGACAGGACUCCCCUCACAGGGAUUAGUGACUUCACAGCCACCAAAAACACGAUCAUUCAGCUGUGCCUGGAGCUCACCACCACAGUUCAGCAGGACUGCAGUGUUUACAUAAUGGAAGAAAAGAUCCUGGAAGUUUCUAAAACUUUGAACAGUAUUUGUGAUCAGACUGUGAGAACCACAUCCGACCCCCUGAUGAGUCAGUCAACCUGCUUGGAGGAGGUCCAGCUAACCAACAUCAAGCCGGGCGAAGGGCUGGGCAUGUACAUAAAGUCCACCUAUGAUGGGUUACAUGUCAUCACUGGAACCACAGAACACUCUCCUGCAGAUCUGUCUAGAAGGAUCCAUGCUGGGGAUGAAGUGAUUCAAGUCAACCAGCAGACAGUGGUGGGCUGGCAGCUUAAAAACCUGGUGUUGAAAUUGAGGGAGGACCCCAAAGGUGUGGCGCUACUACUCAAGAAGAGGCCCUCGGGAACACCUGGUUUCACCCCCGCCCCGCUCAAAAACAUGCGCUGGAAACCUCCUGUACCUCAGAAUAACUCCUCACUGAUCAGAGCCCAGUCUCCCUGUAGUUCAGCUAACGGGUCCACCAAAAGAGAGAAGCCAGCUAUCCUGGAUUUUUACAUUCCUCCUCCUCCUCAAGUGCCGUACACGCCACGAGAACUGAGAGCAGAAACCGUCUCCAGCAUAAACAAAAGACCAAAGGGCUCAGAGUCGCCCAACUCUUUCCUGGACCAGGAGAGCAGAAGACACGGCUCCAUUGCAGAUUACGACAAGUUAAAUCCGGGCCGUCCCACUGAUGCCGGCGUGGUGCAGAUGGUACCGCCCAGGAUGAGGGAGCACAAGCCUUCACGUGGUAAACCUCGGCCGCUGUCGAUGCCUGUGGAUGCAUGUGUCACUGUGACUGAGUCCUAUGCUAAACCCUGGCCACAGGGAAGGAAAGGUGAAGACCCUCUGUACAGAUACAUGAGUAACGAGCGAAUCCCCACCAUUGCUGAGGAGGUCCUAUCUGGAUCCCCAUCGUUCAGGCCUCCGGGGGGGCGUCACCUAGUCCGCGUGGAUCACAUCCGAGGAAACCGCUUCUACUCCAACACGGACCUCCACAACAGCUCCACCAUUCCCUACCAAGAAGACAUAAAAAAGGCCCCCGUGGCCCCCUUCUCCAGGCGCAAGUCGGCAGACCGCUCACUACUGGAAUCAUCCUGGUUCUCUAGCAGUGACUUCCUCAACAGAUACAAUCAGCAAAAUCUUCGAUCCUGGUCCUUCUCUCAAGCAGCUGCCUUCCCAUUAUCUGUGACGAGUCGGAUGGCUGCUGAUGACUACAAUCCAGUCUCCCUCCGUCACAAGUCCAAGAAGAAGAGUCGAGGAGGCAAUGGUACAAUGAGCAGGAGACGGAUUUCAGUCAAGCAGCUGGGUCAGCCAGAUCACCAGGGCUGGCUGUACAGGAAGAAAGAAAGCAAAGGCUUCCUGGGUAUAAAGUGGAAGAAAUACUGGUUUGUGCUGAAGAAGACGGCUCUCUACUGGUACACCAACCAGCUGGCAGAGAAGGCUGAAGGAUACAUUGAUCUCACCAACUUCGUGGUGGACGUGGCCAUCGAGUGCAGGAAGAAACAUGCAUUCAAAGCUUGCCAUCCUCAGGUCAUGAUGUUUUAUUUUGCUGCUGAGAGUCAAGAGGACAUGAGCCUGUGGCUGAACAAACUUGGGCUCGCCUCCAUUCAAUACGAAGCGCCAAGACAAAAUGCAGCAACAGAGUGUUAUAGUGAAGCAAGCGACCAUGAAGAAGCUGAAAGCACAGAGAUCCCGCCGCCUCCGUACUCUGAGCAGACGCUGCAGGACUCUGUCGAUGCCCCCAGUCAACCUGGAAGCACGAAUCAGGGUUCACUUCCUCCACUUUACUCUUCGACGGCCUCCAGCGAAACCAAUGGGUCACCCUCCUCCCCAAUUAGCACGAUGACGUCACAGAGCUCCGCCUCUUCAGUCCAAAAGCAGCGGCAGUCCUGGUCAGACCUCAAUUCGCAGGCCGCGCCUCCAGCUGGGGAAACUGCAGUGGUGUGCUCAGUCCAGGUGCAGUUGCAUCAGGCCCCACAAGAGGAAGCAGAAGAUGAAGAAGAACAAGAGCAACAAGAAGAAGAAAGGCCAUCUGAGAACUCAGUCACCCAAAAUUUACCAGACUCUACUGGAUCCAAAGAGGAAAGCUCUGCAGCAGAACAACAGGGGGAUGUAGUAGAAGCUCAAGACAAAAGAGGUGAUGGAAACAACUCAGACGAGAUGGAGAAGCUGUACAUCCAUCUGAAAGAGGCCAGCCUCUCACCCAUAGGAGACCGCAAACCGUCCACCAAAAGAGAAUUCAGGGCUUCCUUCGUAAAACGCUGUAAAAACAAGAACAUCAACGAAAAGCUGCACAUGAUCAGGGCGCUCAACAGCACGUUAAAGUCUAAGGAGGCGGACUUACAGGCAAUAGAGCAAGUGCUGACAGACCCCGAACUGAACUCUGAGAGGUUCAGAGAGUGGAAGGAGGCCAAUGCGCCCUUGGUGCAGGAAAUCUGCAUCAAAUGCGACCAGCAGGGGGCAGCAGAGGCUGUAAAUCUUGCAGCAUCAACCAUUGCUGCACAGGUGGUAGAGACUAGUAUUUAAACUCCUGCUAUUAUCACUGUUUUUACUUGGAAGACUUGAUUAAAAAUGUUUGGAAUAAACUCAUUGCUGUUAUUUAAACGUUUUUCCCCAAAAAGCCUGGAUCUAUAAAGAUAGUAAACCUCUCUAGUGUGAUGCUUGUUCAGCAUCAGCCUAGAUUAAUAAAAUGUGAGUUUUCCUAGUAUUGUCCUAAUCAUUCACGGCUAGGUAUGCUUUUUCCAUGAAUUAUAGCUUCAACUUCAAAUUUAUUAUAUUAAAUAUGUGAAUCUGUCAUCUCUUCACAAGGAAAUAGUUGUUUAUAGUGUUUUAGCUUUUUUGUUGUUUUGUACAAAAUGUUUUUAACAGUUCAUUGUAUUUGGUGCCAUGCAUCAUUGAUGCCUGUUACACGUUAAACUGUUUUUGUAAGGUUUGGCUGUGAUAAACCCAUUCUGAUCAGUAGGACUUUUUAGACUGAACUGAAGGACCCGCCUUAACUGAUUGAAUGUGGGAUAUGAAUCAAUAUAUUUUGCAUUCUGGGAUGUCAAAGUGUCAUGGAAACAAAAAACAAUUGAAACAAAGUGUGCCAAUUUCAUGAAUGAGACUACACUAAACUUUGAAAAAUUUUGAGCCAUUUUUACUGCAAAAACUCUGUUGUAUGAAACUGUUUUUAUUCCAAGUGUUACAAGCCUUUAUCUCUAGUUUUGUAAAAUUAAGUUGACAUGGAUUUGUAGCAGUGUUAGUAAGCAUUUUUAGCACAAAGCUUGGCAGAUUAGUUAUGGAACAAGAGAAAGCCACUGUUACUGUACUCCUAUGCUGUGGUCCCAACAAUAUGGUGACUCCACAAGAAUGGGUUCAAUCCUGGGCCAAAUAAACAGCUGUUUGGUUCCAAAUUUUGCUUUUUUUUCUCUUUUUGUUAAAUAUUUACUGUUUGUAAAUAGUUGUACAUGUGAUAAAUCUAUUAGUUGUAAUAAAUGUCUUUCUUCUGA